AUGGCGCAAUUUAUACGACCGAUAAGGCAAUUGUCGCCGCAAUGUAAUCACCAUUUUCGAAAUGUCCUUCAUUUGUUCUCCAAAAAGCUUCCGCAACACCACCCACCUUCUUCUAUCCCGACUCUUCUUUUCUCCCCGUCUUUCUCCACCGCCAGGUCUCCACCUCGUCGGCGAAUUCGUCGUCCCGCUCCACCGGAAGCUCUCACUCCAACUCUAAUUGCUGAAGACGAUAGUGAUAGCGAUGGCGGCGAGUCUGAAACGUCGAAGAGCCGGAACCAGCGGAAGCGUGACGCUCGCCGAGCCGUACGUUGGGGUAUGGAACUCUCUUCCUUCUCUAGUGAUCAGAUUAAGCGGAUUAUGAGAGCGGCGUCGCUUGGUGAAGAGGUUUAUGAUGCAUUGAUGCUUGCAAAGAAACUUGGUUCGGAUGUUCGAGAAGGGAAACGAAGACAUUUCAACUAUAUCGGGAAAUUGCUGCGUGAUGUUGAACCUGAUUUGAUGGACACUCUGAUUAAUGCCACUAAUCAAGGUGACCACACGAAGCUGCAGGCUCUGAUUAGUUUAGCCAAGGAUGCUGCAGAUGAGGCUGGAGAGAGCAUGGAUGAUGUUACAGAAACAGAGUCGGAAGAUGAUGUAGAGGGCUCAGAAGAAUAUGUGGCUAUAGCAGCGAGAUGGUUUGAUGGACUGAUCAGUCAAAAUGUGGAACUCACUAAAGAAGUUUAUUCUCUUCGGAGUGUUGAUUUCGAUCGACAGGAAUUGCGUAAGCUUGUUCGGAAAGUACAGUUGGUUCACGAGCAGAGAAAAAGCAUCACCGAGGAGGAGAAGCAGAAAGAAGUCGAUGCUGCAUUAAGGACUGCCGAAAAGUCUCUGAAUCGAUUUCUCCAUUCCAUGGCCAAACAAAUGCAGAGUGAGCAGACCGGUUUGUACUAA